GGUAGCGCGGCGACGAAAGACGGAGAGAGGCAUCGCCCUAGAUAACGGUAGAAUCGCGCAGUGGUGUCGCGUUGUCUUCUCGCGAGAGUGUUGAAAAUCGAGCGGCGGGGGUGCAGGAAGGCAGGAGGCAAAGAAGAGAGAGAGAGAGAGGCGCGUCCGGCCGUGUAGCAGCAUCGUCGUCGUCGUCGUUGCCCUCGUCGUGGUGCUCGUACGGUCGCCGCCAUCGAGUCUACGGGACUUGCGUUGCCUUCGGAGUCACGAGCGAGUCGUGCGGCUACGCGAAUCGAUCGGCACGCACAGCAGUGUCCGAUAUCGGCGCCGUGGGCAUCCGCAUCGGUGGAAAAGGAGACGCGCGCGGAGCCCGGUGCUGCGUGCGUUCGUAAUCGCGGCUUCUUCCUCGCUUUCGGAGGCUAGUGCGGAGUUAAUCGGGCCGCGACACCCCGCGCUCGUAUCUCUCUCGGUCGGUCGGUUAGCUAGUCGAGUGACUGGCUGGUUAGCUGGCUCGUGGAAGCACGAAACGAGAGAACACACGGCUCUACCCAUGAACUCGUGACAGUGCGGCGACGGAGAAGAGUCGUGCCGAGCAGAGAGCGGGCGGUAGCCAGGUAGCGCUAUCAAUCGCCGGGAAAUCUCAGUCGCGAGGAAGAGGAACGGGAGGACGGACGCAGUGCGCGUGAGAGACACGAAGGCGUGUAAAGGAAAAACGGAGAAAGGAAGAAAGAGACAGAGGGAAGGAGAGAGAGAGAGAGAGGCGAGGAAGACACCAGAGACUUGCGCGCGUGUGUAUGUGUGUAUGCGCGCCUGAGAGCCGCCGAGCCGCUUGCACGAGCGAUAGAGACCGAGAGAAAAAGAGAUAGAUAAAGAGAGAGAGAAAGAGAACGGCAGAGAGGAGGCAGAAGAAUUAUCGAGUGAACCCGGGAGAUACCGUGUUCUGCGAGCGAAGCGUGGGGCCCUCAGGAGGUACGAGAGAUACGUCCUGCUGAAAGCAAAUUGAAGCAAAACGUGGCGGAUUCGGUGACCCCUCGACCGUGACCAGGCGCACAGGCAGUAGAUAGGCCAAGGAAAUGCGUGAAUAUAAAAUAGUAGUGCUGGGCAGCGGAGGUGUAGGCAAGUCCGCCCUCACUGUCCAGUUCGUGCAGGAGAUCUUCGUAGAGAAGUAUGACCCGACGAUCGAGGAUAGUUACCGCAAGCAAGUCGAGGUCGACGGUCAGCAAUGUAUGUUAGAAAUCCUAGACACCGCCGGCACAGAACAAUUCACAGCCAUGAGGGACCUUUAUAUGAAAAACGGGCAGGGCUUCGUGUUAGUAUAUUCGAUAACAGCACAAUCGACUUUCAACGAUCUGCAGGACCUCAGAGAACAGAUCUUGCGGGUAAAAGACACAGAUGAUGUCCCGAUGGUACUAGUAGGCAACAAGUGUGACCUGGAGGACGAGAGGGUAGUAGGAAAGGAUCAGGGUGUCAACCUUGCCCGGCAAUUCAAUUGCGUGUUUAUGGAGACCUCUGCCAAAGCUAAAAUUAAUGUUCGCGAUAUUUUCUACGACCUGGUGCGGCAAAUAAAUAAGAAGUCGCCAGAAAAGAAGAUGAAGCAGAAGAAGAAAUCGCUGUGCCUACUUCUGUAAGGUAGAUAUGGCGGAGCCCAUACUCUCCUACAUGAAAAUCCGAAGAUACCAGUGGAUACAAAAAAAAAACAAAAAACAUCGGGGCGGUUAUAAGAGAAAAACAGAUACUAAGGAGGAGGAGGGGAGGGGGAGGGGGCUGAUGGAAUACCAGUAGAACGAGAAUCUUAGGCACCGAGACCCGGAUGGUUGUAAAAUGAUAGGGAAAACGGGUGGACGGGAGGUCGCAAGGGCACAAGGUAACGCAACGGAGUGAAGAAUGAAGAUACGCGGCGCGGUGCGGAAAAGAACGCAGCGAUAAGCGAGAGGAAACACUGUAUAUACGUUGGUUCCGGGGUGGCUCGUGUGCACGCGCAGGCAACGGCGCACAAAGUAGGAUACGAGACCCCGUGGCAAUCGGUUAUCACUGUAGGAGUUUUUUGCAUGAAUAAAUGAAGAAAAAAAA